UGCUCCCAGCGUCAAGUUGUUUGUGGAAGCUUCUAAAUAUACCUACAGCUGGCUGUUUCUAUUUAGUCUCCAAAAAAAAGUGGCCCAAACGAAAACUUUGAUUAAAGUCAUUCUGUUCAAAUAACCGUCAUCAUUUUCGUACAUCCAUUCAUCUUCGUCACCCGCAGAAUCGGAAACGGCGAAAAAAUGUCCUCCCGAUCGAAGGAUAAAGUCGCAGCGGCAAUUCGGAAAUUUUUCAAAAGUCCCGACAAAAAAGACCGAGGGCAAAAGGAUAAGGACCAACAACAACAACAACAGCAACAGCAGCCGCUUCCGCUUCCGCUACACGGUGCCUGCGGAGGCGGAGCAGAACAGCAGGUUGGACCGGGGCCAGAUGGACAUUCGCUGCUGCAUCCAGCGCAUCCAGCGACAUUGGCGGUAGCAGGGGCCAUCAUUCCUAGUGGGAGCAGCAGCGGAAGCAGUAGUAGUCACAAUAGCAUCAACAAAACCAACACAGGCAGUCCCAUGCGGAGGCUGAGAUGCGUCGUCGCACCUAGCAACAAUAGUGUAGUGAACGUUACCGUACCAAAGCCUCUAGAUACAACAAUCCGAUCCAGGCGGCUAAUGAAGGAGCUGAAGGAAAUCGAACGGUUACAGCAUUCACGGUCCGAUCCCUACUUCACCGUCGAACUGGUGAACGAUAAUCUGUACGAGUGGCAUGCUCGGCUUUACCGGGUGGAUCCGGAUUCACCACUGGCGGAAGAUUUGACCGAGCUAAAUAUUCCCUUCAUUCUGCUGCAUCUGGUCUUUCCGGACAAUUUCCCGUUUGCCCCACCGUUCAUGCGUGUCGUCGAGCCCCGCAUCGAGAAAGGCUUCGUGAUGGAAGGCGGAGCCAUCUGUAUGGAAUUGCUAACACCGCGCGGCUGGGCCAGUGCCUACACGGUGGAAGCCGUUCUGAUGCAAUUCGCUGCCAGUCUGGUCAAGGGACAGGGCCGAGUGUCACGAAAGCCAAAAUCCAACAAAGAGUUCACCAGGCGAACGGCCGAAGAAGCCUUCCGUUCACUAGUCAAAACGCACGAAAAGUACGGCUGGGUAACCCCUGCCCUUAACGAUGGCUAGAUAAAAGCAUCCAGAGAGCUCAACAGCACAAAAACGGCUACAGUCAACGUAGUGCAAAAUUUUGUUAGCGUUUUAGAUACUGCAAACUCGCCAUUUUCAAUUGACGAAUAUUAGCUAAAUAGUAGGAUAUUUUGUUCGAAAGAAAACAUGUAGAUUCUAAUGUAUAUAAAGAGCUCAGAAUUUCAUAUGUGAAAACAAUGAUCUCCUCGUAACGUUCCGACCUUAAACAAAACACUCUCAAACAGUUCAAAAUUUUUGUCAAAUGGUCUAAAUAUUUUGGUGAAUAACAAAACCUAAACAGUUAAGCACAAAAGGAAUGGCACGGAAAUCAGAAUUUGUCUUUACACGGUUAGCGAGGCAGACAGACACUCUUUAACAUAUUAUAUAUUUUAGCUAUAUAGUUCUUAGAUAUUUACCAAUUGACUAUUAACACAGAGAAAUAAUGCUAACGAUGUCGAAAAAAAGUACUCAUCUUCAACUAUCACCAACCACAUGUCGAUCCUUUGCUUACUGUAUGGAAUAGUUCCAACGACUGGUUCACGUUUCGCUAACUGUGCGAAUAAAUUGAAAGUUUAUCGCGGCUCCAACUUAUUGCAUCGUUUGUCUCAUACCGUUAGGUACAUCGCGCAUUGGGAAUUUACAUUUCAGCGAGUGUGUGAUAUUAUGCUAAUUCGAUGCAAAUCGAUGAUGUGUCAUUCAUUCAUUCCGCGGGAUCAUAGCACAUCUUUUAACUACCGCAUCUAAUAUCUAAGCCAGAACGUAAGUGUACGGAUCUCUACCGGAAGCCGAAAGACAGAAGUCACGUGCAUGUUUUGCAAAGGGAAUUGGUUCAUUGCACACUGGGGUGCACAGUGUAUAGCAAAGUAAAAGCCGAAGGAUAAGUUUCCAGGAUGAAGUUUCUCGCAGGGCCCCGUUUGUUGUUGUCAGUGAUGCUCGGAACCAACGUGCA